AAUGGAUAAUUAUUCAAUAGACGAUUGAAAUUAAUUUCGGUGAAUGGUGUUAUUAGUAUUUGUUUAAUUAAUUGGUGGAAGUAAUAAAAUGUCGUGGGGCUUGUCGAUGGCAAAUAGAACUCGAUUGUUCAGUAGAAAUUGUUUGUUCGAUUGUUGUUUGAGGGGAAGAAUGGGAUUCAGUGAUGGUGUAAAAAUUCUGGGGAUUGAGACGAGUUGUGAUGAUACAGGAAUUGCUAUUGUUGAUGGCAAUGGAAAAAUCCUGGGAGAAGCCCUUAAUUCUCAACAAUCCACACAUUUACAGGAAAAAAAUUAUAUUUACAGAUAUGGAGGUAUAAUUCCGCCAGUGGCACGAGAGCUACACAGAAAAAAUAUCACCGACGUUUGUGAGAAAGCCCUGAGAGAUGCGAACUUAAGGGUGAGGGAUGUGGAUGCUGUGGCAGUAACUGUCAAACCCGGAUUGCCCCUGUCCUUGAUGAUUGGCAGAAAUUUCGGGCAAUAUCUCUCGAAAAUAGGAAAUAAACCAUUAAUUCCCAUUCAUCAUAUGGAGGCACAUGCGUUGACUGCGAGGAUGUCAGGGGAGGUAGAAUUUCCUUUUCUCACACUUCUGAUUUCUGGGGGACAUUGUUUAUUGGCUCUCGUCAAAGACGUCGCUGAUUUUUAUUUACUGGGGACAAGCAUCGAUGACGCACCAGGAGAAGCUCUUGAUAAGUUAAAUUUCCAGACAGCGAGAAAAUUAAAACUGAGGAAUAUCCCAGAGUACGCAGAUAAAAACGGUGGAGCUGCGAUAGAAUUGGCAGCAAGUAGAGCUACAAAUCCGUUCCAAUUCGAAUUUCCAGCAUUGAUGUCCCAUUACAAAGACUGUAACUUCAGUUUUGCUGGGCUGAAGAAUUCCGUAGAGAGAGUAAUCGGGAGACUCGAGGAGGAACAUGAAAUUGUUGGCGACAAAGUUGUACCUGAUAUAGAGAAUCUCUGUGCUGGAUUCCAAUUGUGCAUUGCAAAACACAUCUGCCACAGGACGAAGAGAGCAAUAAUGUUCCUGGAUAGGACGAAAUUAAUUCCCGAGAAUAAAAAAACUCUGGUGAUAUCAGGGGGUGUUGCCUGCAACAAUUUCAUAGCAAAAAGCCUGCAAUUAGUCUGUGAUGAGAUGGGCUACCGUUUCGUUCGCCCUCCGCCAAAAUUCUGCAUGGAUAAUGGAAUUAUGAUCGCCUGGAAUGGAUUAGAAAGAUGGAAUGCUGACGUUGGGGUUCUCAGAGAUCCCCUUGAGAUUGAAAAAGUUGAAUUCGAGUCUAGGGCACCUUUGGGCAUCAACUGGAUUGAUCGAGUGCGAGAAGAGGAUAUCACCUGCAGAACUGUUAGAUCCAAGGAAUUAUAUCCUUGACGUAAGCAAUAAACUAAAAAAAAACAUGAAUUGGAAUUCGCUUGAAACGUUUGAAAAAAAAUUUAGCCCCCAUUGUUCUCUUACAAAACUAGGUUUUUAUUAAUUGAAAUGAUUUAUGUACAUUAUUUUCACAUUGAGAAUAAAAUUAUUUAAACAGUGAUGGGUAAGUGAAUUCUCGAUUCUUUCUUGAGUUUCUCGUAAACUUCGAUGUCUCCCGGAAGUCCCUCCAUCUUCUGCAGUUCGUCCUCAGCUUGUUUAUCCAGAUUGGCCCGAAUU